AUGAGCCAUGAGCUCAUGCUGCACCGCGCCGACAGGCACUUGCUAUACCCCCCCGGCGGCCUCGCCGAACUAAAAAAGCGCGAUCCAAUGCGAGUUGCCGAAGAGCGCGAACUUGCGGCACGAAAUCGGCGCGGAAUUAUGCGCGGCGCAGAUGGUCCUGCCGGUGCAACCAUUGUGGGCCUCAACAUUCAGCUGAACACGCCCGCGUUGAUCGAAGAGUGGAUCAAGCAGCGGCGAAAACGGUACCCAACGCCCGCUGUCGUCGCACAGAAAGAGGCGCAGCGCAGGAUCCGCGGCGCCAAAGACGCAGCUUCUUCUCAACCAGCCGCGCCCGACACACAUCCCGAUACCUCGAGCGACAUGGCGUCGUCCGACUCGGACAUGGAUCCCGAGCGCGACGCAGUAUCUUCCAAGAUCCCUGUGCCCGAGCGCCGAGAAACAGUGGAAGCAACACACAGUGCACAAAAGCGCACUGCACCGCAAGAGCCAGUCCGCCGCGUCGCACCCCGCGCUGCCCCGCGCAACCCAUUCGACCCCCCUGACCUGCUCCGCGCCUUGCUCGGCCACGAAAUCGAGCAGCACGUACAUGCACUCGCACAAGUACUUCAGUUUCUCCUGGACAACGACAUGCUUGCUCACGUCGAACGCGAAAUAGGCCAAGCAGAAGCACAGCAGGCGCGACGCACCAAGAUCGUGCCUCUGGCACCAAGUGCGCCGCCCGGCCGCUCGGAGAAGGAGACGCAUCCGUUUGUGCGCCCAUCGUCUCCAGCGCUGCGUGCGUUGGAUAGCCUGCACUACCCACCCGAGCCUGACCCGCUGAUCUACAUGGACCCUUUGCGCCGCUUGGAUCCUAAACCGCUGCGGCGUUUUGAGCUCGAGGCUAUCGCAAAGGACGCGACACUGCGCGAGAUUGUCCAGCCGGCGUCGCCCUUGCACCCGUACGGCGAGAAAAAUGAGGCACUUUUUUGUGCUUUGCAAACGUGGGAUGCACUGCCGACCGACCAGCAUCGGCAGUCUGCGCUGGAGCUCAUCCUCGGCGUGGGAAAGCAGAGUCCGGUAUUUGCACACGAGGCGUACACACCCGCAGCCCAGCGUCCCCUCUCUGCGCCGCAUGCGCGCCGCCACAUUGGCGAGACGGAGCUGUUUCGUCUGGGCCUGCGUGUGGGCGCCAAUGAAGUGCGCCUGAUCCAGCACUUGGCCGAAUGCGUGAGCGGCGCGAUAAAAAGUACAGAGUAUUGUUUGGCUAUUCCAAAAUAG